AUGCCAUGUCACAAUCAGCAGCUGAACACUAUCAGCAGUGGCCAGGAGCACCCGAUGAAGCAGGUACGGUUCGCAAACAGCAGCAGCAGCAGCAGCGCCGCCGCAGCGCCCGACUCUGAGCCCUGCGAAGCCCCCAUCCAGCCUGCGAGCCCCGAAAACCUGGGACCUCAGCUCAAGCUGCUUCCUCUCAACGACCAGAUCCGCGAACUGCAGACCAUAAUCAGAGACAAGACAACCAGCAGAGGAGAUUUUGUAUUUUGUGCCGAUCGACUGAUCAGACUAGUAGUUGAAGAAGGCUUGAAUCAGCUCCCCUACUCAGAGUGCACUGUGACCACUCCAACAGGCUACAAGUAUGAAGGUGUCAAGUUUGAAAGGGGCAACUGCGGAGUCAGCAUUAUGAGGAGUGGUGAGGCCAUGGAGCAGGGUCUUCGGGACUGCUGCCGCUCCAUACGUAUUGGCAAGAUUUUGAUCCAGAGCGACGAGGAGACACAAAAAGCCAAGGUCUACUAUGCUAAGUUCCCUCCAGACGUGUACAGAAGAAAAGUGCUGCUCAUGUACCCCAUCCUUAGUACAGGAAACACUGUGAUCGAGGCGGUGAGGGUGCUGAUAGAGCACAGAGUCCAGCCAAAGCAUAUCAUCCUUCUAAGCCUUUUCUCCACACCUCACGGGGCAAAAUCUAUAAUUCAGGAGUUUCCAGAUAUCACCAUUUUAACAACAGAGGUCCACCCAGUUGCUCCAACACAUUUUGGACAGAGGUACUUUGGCACUGACUAAACCAGGGACAACCUGAGGAACAUGAUCUGUGGUUUGUUUUGAUUAUAUUUUUAUGCUGACGUGUUUAUUUAAAAUAUAUUUCAUGUUCUCCUUGUUGUGCCAAACACUGCUACUAUCUCCAAAGUUCAUCAAUCAAUAAAAAUUAUUUAUAUAUAUGUAGGUAUACAUAUAUAUAUCAUCACUUAUAUUUAUGUUUUUUGCUGUCAAUACUGAAAACACAGAAUCACUUCAGCGUUCAGGUUGGAUCAUUUUAUUUCGCAUGUUACAUCAACUGAUGGAUCAAUAAAGACUUUAUAUUUGUAAACAGACAGAACAGCAAA